UGUAGCGGAUGUCGUUUGUAAUUUUACAAAUUGCCAAUUUUCUGCAAAAGUAGCUAUAGCUCUGCAAGUUCCGUAUUCUAUUUGGAAUUCAUGAGGGUCUUUGAUUAAUAUCAAAAUGCAACCUAUGACGAUGCUUCCCAAGUUAGCAGAUUCUAAGCAGACUAUAUCAUUUUCCGAAGGCGAUGGAGUUUGCAGUUCGGAAGUGUAUGCGAGCGAGGUGGUGGUGACAACCAACGCCGGCAACCACAACCAUGGCAGCUCCAAGGUGAAGCUGAAGAACCUGGUGGACUACAACUGGGAGCCCAAGUUCUACUCGGGGAACCUCCUGGCCGUGCAUAUGAGUGGGAAAUACUUGGCAUAUUGUAUUAAAGCUCCAAACACAAUGAACCCUGGCACUUGGACAGGCAUGGUGCGUGUGGUCUACAAUCCUGAGAUGGGAAAUGAUCGGAGAGCACUCAUCAAAGGGAUGAAAGGAGAGGUACAAGACCUCGCGUUCGCGCACAUAAUGAACCAGGUGGUGCUGGCCUGCAUUGACGAACAUGGCAACUUCUACGUCCAUGAGAUCGAACUUACUGACAGUGGCCUCAGAUGCACCCUGGCGUGUGAGAUACGCGAGGACGCAGGCACUCCCGGCGGUCCGCACCGAGUCGUGUGGUGCCCCUACAUCCCCGACGACCACGACGCCGAGCCCGACGAUGUAGCGAGGUUACUGCUCACCACACACGAGAACAAAGCUCGCAUGUGGAACAUCAGUGUUGUCGUCCGGGCGCUCUCCAGCACAGAAGGCGUCGGCGUCGGCUCAGCACUAACGCCAGUCAUGGGCCGCGUGGCGGCGGGCGAGCACGGGCAGCCCAUAGUCGACGCCGCUUUCUCUCCCGACGGAACUGCGCUGGCUACGGCUGCUGCUGAUGGACUAGUCAUGUUCUACCAGGUGUACACACACAAUGAGAGCGCGCCGCGCUGCCUCCACAAAUGGCAGCCGCACGACGGCGCUCCACUUUCCUGCCUCGCCUUCCUUGACAAUCACAACAACACAGACACAGAUGUCCAGUUCUGGAAGUUCGCGGUGACCGGCGCGGAAAACAACACGAUCAUCAAGAUCUGGUCGUGCAAGUCGUGGAACUGCCUGCAGACCAUCACCUUCACCCCCACCCUCGGCGCAGAGCCUUCCUUGGGCCUCAAGGCCAUGCUAGACGCCAGCGCCAACUACCUGCUUCUGUCGGACUUCAAGACGAGGAGCCUGUACGUGCUGAACAUGGCGCGAGACAGAGACGACACGAUGGCCUACUGCAAGAGUAUAUCCGAGUUCCUGCUCUCCUAUCCGGUGCUCAGUUUUUACAUAUUCGAUGCUGAGGAGGUCCAGGCGAAGUGCGAGUCGAGUUGUGACGACCCGUUCCACAGGAACGGCUCGGGCGGAGAUGUGGGCGCCUCGCCUGAAGACUUCGACAUACACCACGAUGAGAGCGUGGGCGCCGGCUGCGGGACUCGCGCGCGGCUGCGGCUGUACGUGGUGCAGCCGAAGGGCCUGCAGGAGGCCGAGCUCGUGUACGAGCCGCCCGCGCCGCAGCCGAGAGACUGCGAGCUGCCUGAAGUGGCGGGCAUCCCCGAGGAGGAGUCGACGCCGGCGCUGGCAUCCAGCAUCCUGCAGCAGCAGAGCCAGCAGCUCAAGAACCUGCUCAUGCGAAGCCAGACGCAGCCGGGCAGCCUGAUCGGGCAGCGGGCGGAGUCGCCGCCGGGCGCGGGCGCGGCGCUGACGCUGAUGACGCCGGACGCCUUCAGCUCGCCCGGCAAGCGCGACGAGGACGACCCGCCGCUCUCCGCCACGCCCGACCUCGGCCAGCCGCGCGCCGCCGGUCUAUCAACCGAGGUAGUAGAGCCAGUCAACAAGUUCACAUCAGGCGGUUCCAGUCCUAGCCGAGAGGCAGAGAUCAUGUCGCACAACGACGACGAUACCUACUACAAAGGAAACAUGGAGGAGGACUCGGAGUCCCUGCCGGCGGCGGCGGCGGCGUCGCCCGCGCCCGAGAGGCUGCCGGCGGCGUCCGAGGUUCACCCGCCCCUCGCGUUGCCUCACACAGGCAACGACACAUCCUGGCCGCAAAUAUCGCUAGCGCAGAUCACCGAGGCCAACCAGCGAAAGGCGUCGAGCGACAAAUCCGGCAGCCAGUCGCUCAACAACUCCACCGCCGUCUCCGAACGACCGCCCAGCGCUUCGCCUCGUCGCGACCAGCUGGAGAACAAGAUAGACCAGCUGACUGAGCAAGUGUCGGCGCUGUCGCGGUCGGUGUCCAGCCUGCGGUCGGCGCUGGGAGUCUCCGUGCCGGGGCUGGUGCGGCAGGCGGCCGACGAGGCGCUGCAGGCGCACGCGCCGCGCACUGCGCAGGCCGUGGAGGCCGCGCUCACACACGGAGAUGAAACUUGGGUUCAUCAUUAUGACCCAGAGAGUAAACAAGAGUCCAUGCAGUGGCACAUUAAGGGUUCAGCUCAUCCCAAGAAGUUCAAGGUCAUGCCUUCAGCUGGCAAGGUCAUGGCCACAAUAUUUUGGGAUUGUGAAGGUGUUUUACUAAUCGAUUAUAAAGAAAAAGCGCGCAUCGCGCGAGUAGGCGCGGCGCGGCGCCGCGGCGGCCGCGUGGGCGCCGCGCGGGCGCUGGAGCCGCUCGCCGCCGCGCUGCAGCACGAGCUGGCCGCCAAGCUCAGCGCCACCGACGCUCUGCUGAGGGACAACAUACAGAAACUAGUCACUAGCAAGGUAUACUGUUCGACUGCAAUACGAGUAGGCGAGACGGCGUCCGCGGCCGGCGUGGGCGCCGCGCGGGCGCUGGAGCCGCUCGCCGCCGCGCUGCAGCACGAGCUGGCCGCCAAGCUCAGCGCCACCGACGCUCUGCUGAGGGACAACAUACAGAAACUAGUCACUAGCAAGUCAGUAACGGACCGCCUAAGCGCCGCAGUAUCGCAAUGCGUAACGAACGCCGUACGAGACGCGUUCCGCGACGCUAUGAAAGACAGCGUGUUACCGGCCGUGGAGAGAGCGCACGCGGACAUGUUCCGACAAGUCAACCAGGCCUUCCAGCAGGGGACUAAGGAAUGCACGCGGAGGCGCGAGGUCGUGACGUCACUGCGGACAGCGCUCACCAGGCACGCGGAGGCGCUCUGUGCUGCGCCGCCGCCGCUCAACCAGCAACACCUCGCCGCCAUGCUGAGGGACACCGUGCGCCCGGUGCUGGAGAAGGAGGUGGAGUGGUGGGCGCGGCAGACGCGGCAGCUGCAGAUGUCGCGCGCGCACUCUCCCGCCACGCCCGCCGGCUCGCACUCCUCCGCGCAGGACCGCCAGAUGCAAGUGGCCCAAAUACAGUCGCUAAUGAGCAGCGGCGACGUAAACGGGGCUUUCCAACUGGCGCUCUCCGCCUCCGACCUCGCGCUCGUCAUGGCCGCGUGCCGCGCCGCGGACCCCGCGCGCGUGUUCGCGCCGCCCUGCCAGCUGCGCCAGCACGUGCUGCUGUCGCUCGUGCAGCAACUGGCCGCCGACAUGGCGAGGGACACCGCGCUCAAGCACAGGUACCUAGAAGAAGCCAUAAUGAACCUGGACCCGUCCAACGCCGUGACGCGCGAGCACCUCCCCGUGGUAGUCCGCGAGCUGCAUAAGCAAGUAGUCUCGUUCCUCAACGCCAACCCCAACCACGCGCUGGCGCGCAAGUUCAAGAUGCUGCUCAUCGUGGCCGACUCCUUGGCUAAGCCCUGACCCUGCUGCUGCCAUAGAGGCUGUCGGUAGUGCCUCUAAAGACUAUCGUAGUGUAACUAAAGUGUAAGACAGCAAGCCAAUAGAGUCGUUUCUGAGCGUCAACCAUAACCAAUCGCUCUUUAUAAUCGCUGAGGUGUCGAUAUUGGGCACUCUAAAGAUUUUCUCAGUGUAACUAACCCCUAGUAACGACAAGUGCUAUCGUUCUUGAGCGUUAACCAUAAACGGGCGUUCUUUGUGGCAGACUUGCUCGCUAAACCAUGACUUUGUUGUCAUAAUAAGUGUCGAUAGUUUUUAUCUGUUUGGAUAUCUUACAUUACUAGUGGACUAUUAGGACAUUUUCAGAAUUUGGGACCCCCCAAUUAGCGAAAGUUGUUAACAAAAAUUAACUCACUGUCAGUUUUAUGACGAUAAUUAAGAAUUAAAA